AUGGAUGCGUUUGUCACACAUUUUUACCGGUCUGACACAAGCGAUGAAAGCUGCCGGUCUGCGUCUCACCGUGAUAGUGCCGGUGAGCGGGCGCCAAAGCGCGUGAAGCGAGAUGAAAUUAAGAACCCAGGCCCGGACUUUCCAGACUCUGAAGAGUCUGACCAUGGAAAUGAGUCGCAAAAGAAGACUAAUUGGGGGUCGCACCACAGUGAAGAUGCGGAUACUUCAUACCUGCAUGAAGCCACUGCAUUUGAGAAUGUCCUGCCACCUACACAGACAGAUGCCGAUGCAAUUGAGGAAUAUGAACAGACGAGGUCUUCCCAAAAAGAGGCCGACAAUGAUGGGACUACCGCAAAUACCAAAUCUUUAUGGAUCAAAGGACGCAGCUCAAUAUAUGUGGACGCCUUUAAUCUCGCCCUCGAUACAGUGUUGGAAGAAGAAUCGGAACUGUUUGAUGAGAAAGAGAUGGAAGUUUUCAGGAGGUGGAAAGUAUUGUCAUACGAAGCACAGUAUCUAUAUGUUCGCCUGUUUCUCAGAAAAACCGCAGCGUGGCAUCGGUCCAGCCGUUUAGGAUACUAUUCCGACAUUUCAGAGCCCGAAGAGGCUAUUGCAGCCUUGCAAGCCAUCCAGAAACUGCCAACGAAAAAUAGCCAAGACACUGAGGAGCUGGUUUCGGGAUUUGACCUUGAGAGGUUCAACUUGGGAGCAAGCUUCGCAUUUGCUGAUGCUUCGGAAGACUACAUCAACAGUGUUGAAGAAGCAGCAUCGCUUUUGCUCUUGGAUGAACUCAGAGCACUGGCCAAGGAUGCUAAAAUCCAGGGAAAGAAUAAGGCGGAACUCGUGAAAGGUCUAUGUCGAAUGAGUCAACAACAACUUGGGCUGAUGGCGCUUGGAUUGAGCCGGCAGAACAGUCGCGAUUCUGACGUUUCUGUCUCUGACCAGGAGUCUACCGGAUCUUGCAAGAAUGGACACCUGAAGCGGCAAAAUUUAAAUCGAAACGAGCACUUUUUGAGGAAGAUGUUGGCCAUUUUGGGACCAUGCAUUCGCUUGUCGCCGCUUACCUACAAGCUUUUUGAACGAGUGCACUUGGUGUUUUAUCGAUCUACUGAGUGGACGGAGAAAUCACUUACCACAAUAAUCCUGGCCAAGAUUGCGAGACGAAAUUUCCCAGAGUACAUUGUAUGCAGGACCUCAACCAUAUUUGCUUCACGUUUACAUCUUUUGGAAUUUGAAGCGGGUAUUCGCCUGGAGGCAGACGUGGAUAACAUACUUGAGUCUAGCGGAGUUCCUAACGAAGAGGAUUUGCAACGGAUCAUGGAUAUCUUUGAAAUGGUCUACCCUCGAUGGAAGCAAUAUGUUAACGAGGAGGGAGAAAAGGAGCGGAUGGUGUACGAAAUGGGUGAGGGUGCCUACCUUAGGAGAUUCAAUCCUGCGCAUUCGUAUACUAGGAUUAUUGUAAAGGCUAUGUGGGUAAUGGGGAGACGGAAAGAAUAUGCUCGUGAGCAUGGACUCCUUGAGGAACUGUUAGACCAGAAAUUGUUUCACUUGGCUCGGCGAGGCUCAUGGUAUCAACGCAAGGCAUUGCUGGAGGAGCACUACAUGCCCACUGUGCGUGAUGAUGAGGGGUCUGGGGAUUUGGAGCAGCGAAGGAAGCAGUGGAAGAGAAUAGCUGCUACAACCUGUGAAACAGCACUACAAGAUCCCGACUGCCAUUUGAUCCAUCACUAUGAUCUUCAAAAACGACUCAUCAAGCUCGAAAGGAAGUUGCGAAUUCCACGCCGAUUACAGCAUGACUUUGGACACGUCCGGCUGGCAGAACCCAUCGAAAUCAAUGUCGAAGGAAUACAGUUGAAAAGGUCUCCGAGUCUUAAACCUGGCGCUCAACAGGCUUCAACCAAGACCGUUUGGCUGGACGAAUUGGAUACUGGAGGCGAGUGCAGCGUGGAAGAGAUGUGCUUGAGUCAUUUCCGUUCCCAGGGCUGGAAGGGAUAUCACGCAGAAGGGGGAGCUAUCCGCACCAUCUUUGCAUAUCUCUUCUACGAUAUCCUGUUUCUCUACAUACCCAACGUGUUCCAAACGGAAUACCAGACCUGCCCCUUGGACCUACACACAGAUGCCUUCUUCUCCGCCAGAGCAUCGGAGAUCAACCACCGCCUCGUUGAAAUAGCCAACGGACAGGGCGAACGGUUCCUCCGACAAGUCUGGGAUAGAGAACACGAGCGCAGGACCAGUGUCGUCGGUUUAAACUGGGACUUUGACGUGGACGACAUGGCGCAGCUGGUACGGUGCUUCGAAGGCAGUGCCCUAGCAGCCAUAUGCAAAGUCAUGGCCCAGGAAUACAAGCACCGGGGGGGAGGGGUGCCAGAUCUAAUCCUUUGGCGGGCAAAUGACCAGUCAGCUGAAGGAGCCCGAAGCACACCGGAAGCACCGAGAGGCGAAGUCAUGUUUGCAGAAGUCAAGAGCGCAAACGACCGGCUGAGCGAUACGCAGCGGUUGUGGAUCCAUGUCCUUACUGGCGCUGGUGUUACGGUGGCUUUGUGUAAUGCCAUUGCUAGGGAGGUGAGAGAAGUGGAUUGA